AUGGAGAAACAAAUUGAGUCUGGAGUAGUGGAGGUAACAUCCUACCCCACAUGGCUAGCCAAUAUAGUCCCGGUGCCCAAGAAAGACGACAAGAUAAGAAUCUGCGUGGAUUAUCGAGAUCUAAACAAAGCUAGCCCAAAGGAUAAUUUUUCGCUCCCUAAUAUCCACAUACUCAUAGACAAUUGUGCCAAGCACGAGCUACAAUCGUUUGUGGAUUGUUUCGCCGGCUACCAUCAGAUCUUGAUGGACAUGGAGGACGCGGAAAAAACAUCUUUCAUCACCCCAUGGGGAGUGUACCACUACAGGGUAAUGCCCUUCGGCCUCAAGAAUGUCGGUGCGACAUACAUGAGAGCAAUGACUACCAUUUUCCAUGACAUGAUCCACAGAGAGAUUGAGGUCUAUGUGGAUCAUGUCAUUAUCAAAUCAAGAGAAAGUUCGGAGCAUACCACACAUUUGAGGAAAUUCUUCAAUAGACUUCGGAAGUUUAAUUUGAAAUUGAAUCCCGCCAAGUGUGGGUUUAGGGUACCGGUUGGAAAAUUUCUAGGAUUUAUAGUCAGUCGAAGAGGUAUAGAGCUAGACCCAACAAAGAUCAAAGCAAUCCAGGAAUUGCCUCCCCCUCAAACCAAGAAAGAAGUCAUGAGCUUCCUGGGAAGGCUAAAUUACAUCGGACGGUUCAUAGCUCAAUCCACCAUCAUUGUAGAACCCAUCCUCAAGCUUUUGAAGAAGGAUGCUCCUACAAAAUGGACGGAGGAAUGCCAAGAGGCAUUCGACACUAUUAAGAGAUAUUUGUCCAACCCACCAGUCCUAGUACCACCAAGGCCGGGAAGUCCUUUGCUGUUGUACUUGUCGGUUGCUGAAAAGGCAUUCGGAUGCGUGUUGGGACAACACGAAGAAGAAGGGACAAGGGAGCGCGCCAUUUAUUAUCUGAGCAAAAACAUUACGGCCUGCGAGGCUAGAUACACGCUGGUGGAAAAGACUUGCUGUGCUCUAACUUGGGUAGCUCAGAAAUUAAGGCACUACUUGUCCUCAUAUACCACUCACCUCAUAUCCAAGAUGGAUCCUUUAAGGUAUAUAUUCCGUCAGCCCAUGCCCAUCGGGAAGUUGGCCAAGUGGCAGAUGCUGUUAAGUGAAUUUGACAUCGUAUACAUAGCACAGAAGGCCAUCAAGGGACAGGCUUUGGCUGAUUUGCUAGCCGCAAGCCCGGUGGAUGAAGAACUUGAACCACUUCAUACCCAUUUCCCGGACGAAGGAGUGUUGGCCAUAGAAGAAGGAGCAGCAGAAUCCUAUACCGGCUGGAAAUUAUUCUUUGACGGAGCAGUGAAUUACAAAGGUUCCGGAAUCGGAGCGGUCCUGAUAUCAGAAAAUGGGCAACACUAUCCCAUGGCCGCCAAGCUCAAAUUCCAUUGUACCAACAACAUGGCCAAGUACGAAGCCUGCAUACUAGGCCUCAGAAUGGCGUUGGACAUGGACAUCGAUGAACUGUUAGUCAUUGGAGAUUCCGACUUGUUGAUUCAUCAAGUACAAGGAGAAUGGGCCACUAAAAGUGAAAAGAUCUUACCAUAUGUGAACUUGGCACAAAGAUUGUGCAAGAAGUUCAAAAAGAUUGAGUUUCGACAUACGCCAAGAGCUCAGAAUGAAUUUGCUGAUGCACUGGCCACCAUAGUAUCAAUGAUCCAGCAUCCUGAAAGCAGUCACAUCGACCCGCUAAGGAUAAGUCUGAAAGAAGAACAUGCCCACUGUUGCCAUGUGGAAGCCGAGCCAGAUGGCAAGCCGUGGUACACCGACAUCAAAAUAUACCUGGAAGGACAGGAAUACCCUGAAAGCAUUACAAAUGGACAAAAGAAGACCAUUCUAAGAAUGGCAAAUAGUUUCUUCCUAAACAAAGAAGUGCUAUACAAACGGACGCCGGAUUUGGGCUUGCUCAGAUGUGUAGAUGCCGGCGAAGCCACCAAACUUCUAGAAGAAGUACAUGCGGGAACAUGUGGACCCCACAUGAAUGGAUUCGUACUAGCAAAGAAGAUUCUGCGAGCUGGAUAUUAUUGGAUGACUAUGGAGAGUGACUGCUGCAAGUAUGUGCAAAGGUGCCAUCAAUGCCAAAUCCACGGUGAUCUAAUUAGAGUCUCUCCAAGUGAGCUUAACGUUAUGAGUUCACCAUGGCCUUUCGUCGCCUGGCGCAUCGAUGUUAUUGGACCCAUUGAACCCGCAGCCUCGAAUGGCCACUGUUUCAUUUUGGUUGCCAUUGACUAUUUCACCAAGUGGGUGGAAGCAACAUCCCACAAAUCAGUAACAAAGAAAGUAGUGGCAGACUUUGUGCGAAACCACAUCAUAUGCAGAUUCGGUGUACCCGAGUCCGUCAUAACAGACAAUGGAGCGAAUCUGAAUAGCCACCUGAUGAAGGAUAUCUGUGAGCAAUUCAAGAUCACCCAUCGAAACUCAACAGCUUACCGGCCGCAAAUGAACGGAGCCAUAGAAGCAGCCAACAAAAAUAUCAAGAGGAUAUUGAGGAAGAUGAUUGAUAAUCAUAAAGGUUGGCACGAGCAGUUGCCUUAUGCCUUAUUGGGAUACCGUACCACGACCAGGACUUCAACAGGAGCGACGCCAUAUUUGUUGGUCUACGGGACUGAAGCAGUCAUACCCGCUGAAGUUGAGAUACCUUCCCUAAGAAUCAUUCAGGAAGCGGAAUUGGACAAUGCCGAAUGGGUCCGAGCUCGUUAUGAGCAAUUGGCUUUGAUUGAUGAGAAAAGAAUGGUCGCCGAUAGUCACGGUCAAUUAUAUCGGCAAAAGAUGGCGAGAGCCAUCAACAAACGAGUCAGAAACGGGCUUUUUUAG